AUGUGGAGCUUUCUCUGCGGCCCUGGCUGCGAAAUGUCAGAGGAGCCGGAGAAGAGGUGGUGUGUGGUGGGAGGUGCCGACAAGGGCGGCAUUUUAGUCCGAACUGGGCAGGAACUGAACUCUCCUGAGGCGGCGAAGCGACUGUCCCAUGGAGCUUUGGUGAAGCAGGUGAAGCUGGUCGGAGAGCGGCUAAACUACGAGCGGCUAACAGGUGAUGGACCUGAAACUGGCUGGGUGAGCCUCAAGGUCAAGGACAAGGCGCUGAUGGAGCCUGCGCCUGUGCUUGCGCCCAAGGCUGUGGAGGAAGGACGCGCCGUAAAAGCCUUUGCCCCGCCACCGCGACAUGUGGAGGGCCGGAAAGUGCGAAUACUCUGCCUCCAUGGUACUGCAGCCACGGAGAAGGUUCUGAGGGCGCAACUGGCACCGCUGAUCAAGCGAGCAUCCGAUGACAUCGAGUUCGUCUUCCAAGACGGCUGCGUAGACUGCGACUUGCGCAACCCCAUUGUGGCAAAGCAGGUUGACCUCAUGAAGCAAUACUUCCCGGAUGAGAAGUUCAAGCAAUGGGCGGAGCCCUUAGGCGAGGAGACUGGAUGGCGGCG